AUGCUUGGUUUUUGUUCUCAUGAAGGUCUUUUUCGAUUAUCCAUAAGUCCACAUUGGGGAGCAGAUGGAACAUUUCGGACAGCCCCGAAACACUUCGAGCAAGCAUACAUAAUUCACGGUUAUGAUUCCAUUUCUACAAAACCGGGAUUUUUUGCAACAUUGAAAAAUAAAGAAAAGAAAACAUAUUUUUCAAUGUUAACGAAUCUUCAACAUUAUGCGUCUAGUUAUGGUAUACAGUUAUCACCUGCUACCAUAUGA